AUGGUAGAAGUAGAAAAUGAAGAAGAUAUGAAUGUGAGUAAUAAUAACAGUACAUUAUUGAGUCUUGGAUCUGAUCACGUUAGUGCAGCAAAGUGUUCGUCGGAAAAAGGUGAUAACAUGGUAGAAAUAAUUCACACGGCUGAACAAAAUCAAACAUUUGAAGAUUGUACAGGUGACAAUAAUAUUCAAAAAAACGAUUUAAAGGAAAGUGACGUAAGGGAAUCAGAUGUGUCUGAUUCAGAAAGCAAUGACAUGUCUGACCCACCUUCGCUUGAUUCAGACGAGGAUGAUGCGACGGAUACACCACAAGCACAAACAUUUUUGGUACGUGAUGACUUGGAACAUGAUUUGGAUAAACAGAACAUGUUUGAAAAUCUUCCAUGGGAGGUUGAAUGUACAGAUAAAGUACUUAAGGUAUUAGAAGACAAACAAGUGAUACCGAAAUUGAAGCGCAAAAUAGUUAGGAUUAUAAAGAUGUUAGCAAGCGGUGAUUGGCAACGGCACUUAUGCAAACAGCUUAAAAAUGUUCCAAAGUCAAUUAUGUUAUUUGAGGCAAAAUUGAGCAAAGGUCGAAGAAUUAUUUGGGAGAAUGCAAUUAGUUUCUCAUCGAGAUGUAGUGAAACUGCUGACAAUAGAUUAAACCCUUCCAAAAAGGGUGCUGCUCAUUGCGUCCGCGGUGGACGAAUAUACUCACAGCUGAUCCGGGUUUGGGACGUUGUGAUGGACCAUGAUAAAAUUGAAAGAUCGGUCGAAAACAUUAAGCGCUCCCACCAACGUGGCAAUACCUGUAUCAUACAAAGAAAACUGAAAGGUUUGAAAAAAGAAAAUGAACAACGCCGUAAAACAUUUGACAAAACAUAUCCUUUAUUGUUUACCGAAAAUGAACCAGAAAUAUCCCAAAACCUCCAAGAACUAGAGCAGGUGCAACAUAUCCCACCCGCAAGUUCAAAUGAAACAGAAUAUCAUAUUCUCAAAUUUUAUCCCGUGGACACACCGCUAGUUAAACACUUCCUACAGAAUAGUGAUGUCAAGGUUGACUUUCCAUUCAAAGUCACUGAUUUAGAACACGCUGUGAUCAAUUUGAGUGGGAAAGAAGCAAUUUUGUUACUUGGUCGCAGUGGAACAGGGAAGACGACUUGCUGUUUAUAUCGACUUUGGAGUCAGUACAAAUUAUACUGGAUCAAUAGGCGAAUCGAAGACCCACUUCUGCCAGGGUCAUCAUCGACACAAUGUCACCAAAACGAUGACUGCAUCGACAAAAACAAUGGAGCAAGUGCAGAUUGUAUUGAGGUCGAAAAUGAAAAUGAUCAAGCUUGUGGUACACAAGCGUUUGAACAUUUUCAUCAAGUAUUCAUCACUAAAAACCAGGUUCUUGCCGCUGAGGUCAAAAAGACGUUCAGAGAUUUUAAGAAUGCUGAAGUAAGUUUUUCAGCAGUGCCAACCGAGGGUUCAGACCAACUUUUGCCAAAUCGUCUUCAGGAUUUGCAAGAAAAAGACUACCCACUGUUCCUUACAUCAAGACAAAUGCUAUGUAAACUCGACGCCUCCAUUGGGGAUCCAUUUUUUAAACGGGAAGAAGAUGGAUCUAUGAAGAUCCAUGUUGAUGGUUGGGAAGUGGCGGAUGAAGGUUUAACUGAUCUGCGUUUUCUCGAUUAUGAUUCUGACGAUGAAGAUGGUUUUGAUGAAACCGAAAGUGGUGACAAUGAACCGGAUAAGAAAAAGAGAGAAGGUGACGUCCACAGAGAAGUUACUUAUGAGGUCUUUGAAAAUGAAAUGUGGCGUAAACUAGAAAGUAAAACAAGAACUGGCUACCAUCCAUCCUUAGUGUGGACAGAGAUUAUGUCAUUCAUAAAGGGGUCGUAUGAAUCUCUGUCGUCAAAGACCGGCUAUCUCUCUAAAGAGGAAUAUAUGGAGUUGGGAAGAAAAAGAGCACCAAAUUUCUCUGGACAGAGGGAUGACAUUUAUGAUAUAUUCUUGUUAUAUGAACAUUACAAGAAAAACCAUCAAAUGUUUGAUGAAACCGAUGUUGUCCAUGAUAUAUUCCGACGACUUGCAAACAUGGAAACAACUCCAAUUACAAUACAUCAAAUCUAUGUUGAUGAGACACAGGAUUUCACCCAGGCUGAGCUCUUCUUGCUCAUCAGACUUUGCAAAAAUCCAAAUGAUAUGUUCCUUACAG